GGUACUGCUAACGCGCUGGCAGCCUGUUGAGGAUCGCGGUGAAGAACGUUCUCGGAAAACUCGCAGUCGCGUUAGGAUUGUUUAGUAACCGCCGCUACCUACCUCCUCACCUGUGAGCGCUGGACCAGAUACUUCACCGUCACGGGGGAGGCAGGGCAGGGCUGUUUGUUGUAUAAACCCUGCUGAAAGGCAGGUUUCGGGAAGGUCACCCCUGUGCGCACCAGUUGACCGUCCCACCCCAGGAUUUCUCGCGCAGCCCCAGAUAUUGUAGGACGCGCCGCGGGCAGGACGGACCUCAGGUGGCUUCGGGAGCACUGCGGAAAACAAGCGGUGGGAAUUUGUAGGGCAUCCCGACUGAUCGAAAACACUCUCUGUAACAGGGACGGGCCGCAGGACCAGUGGAAAACAACUGGGUAUCCGGGCUGUAUCGCGAUCCGGCAACAUUUCUGACUGGCGUUAUCCUCACGGUUGAAAGCUAAACGUCAAAACAUAAAAAUCACGACCGAAUCUCCGGCUGAGACAACUCUUGAAGUCUCCAAGCGAACGCAACAAACUUGGCCGUCCGAAAACCGUCCGGGCCUGAGGAAUUCUGACCUACGGACACGGAACUCCACAUUUAUAACUGCGUGUGUGCACAAGUGUAUCCUUCCUACUCGUUAGCCUAGCAGAAUCUGCAACUUCUGGUCGGGCCAGCCCGGAUCCAGGCUAGCUGACGAUGACGAAACGUUGCCCAGGAUGGCUGCUUACCGGUCCUGGCUCUUGUCCGUCCUGAUUGCAGCUCUUGUGAAAGCCGGACGUGCCGCUGAGUCCGAGGAGAGGCUAGUCGCCAUGCUGUUCAACACGUCCCGCUACAACCCGCUCAUCCGGCCCGCUCGCACCGUCAACGAGGUCGUCACCGUCAACUUCCGCCUCAGCAUCUCACAGCUCAUCAGCGUGAAUGAAAAGGACCAAGUGAUGAAGACAAAUGUAUGGCUAAAUCAGGACUGGAUUGACUACCGCCUCGUCUGGAACCCCGAAGACUACGACAACAUCGAGGUCAUCCGGGUUCCUUCCGAGAUCACGUGGAAACCUGACGUGGUGCUCUUUAACAAUGCGGACGGGCAGUACGACGUCCAGCUGAAAACCAAGGCUCUGAUCGCCAACACAGGCCAGGUGUACUGGCUGCCCCCUGCCAUCUACCAGAGCGCAUGCUCCAUCGAGGUGCGCUACUUCCCGUUCGACAGGCAGAACUGCACCAUGAAGUUCGGCUCCUGGACCUACGACUCCUCCGAAGUCAACAUCGAGCUCAUCGACAACGAGGCGGUCAUGGACGACUUCAAACAGAACGGCGAGUGGGACAUCCUGCGGUCCCCGAAUAGGAAGAUGGUCAGCGGCUCCGAGAUGUUCGUCAUGUUCGACUUCAUCAUCCAGAGAAAGCCUCUUUUCUACACGAUCAACCUGAUCAUCCCGUGUAUCCUCAUCACGUCCCUGUCGGUGCUGGUGUUCUACCUGCCGUCCGACUGUGGGGAGAAGAUCACACUCAGCAUCUCCGUACUGCUGGCCCUGACUGUGUUCCUGCUGCUGAUCGCAGACAUCAUCCCGCCGACUUCUCUGGACAUCCCGCUCAUCGGUAAAUAUCUCAUGUUCACCAUGAUCUUCGUGACUUUCACCAUCGUCACCACAGUGUACAUACUGAACGUCCACCACCGGUCGGCCAGCACGCACACCAUGCCGCCCUGGGUUAGAACACUUUUCCUGGAAAAACUGCCCAAACUCUUGUUCAUGAAGCGGCUGGACCAGAUGGACGACGAGGACGGGGAUCCUGAUAAGGGCUGUAAACACCUGAAGGUGUUCGGGCGCGACCCGGUGGACGUGGUGCACAUGAAGAAAAGGAACGCCAUGUUGUACGAGACACAGUGCCGGAAGUACGCGCUCAAGGUCACGGACGUUUCCGGGAGUCAGACUCUGUCGGAGAACAUUUCCCUCCAGCUGUCCCCGGAAAUGAGAAGAGCGGUCAGCAACGUCAAGUUCAUUGCGGAAUACUUCAAGAUGCAGGACGCCAAUGACGCGGUGAACGAGGACUGGAAGUACGUUGCCAUGGUGAUCGACCGCAUCUGCCUGUGGCUCUUCCUGUCCGUCUGCGUGAUUGGAACUCUGGGAUUGUUUCUGCAGCCGCUCUUCAUAUCGGAUGACGACAUCGUCUGAAGUCAUCGGCGUCCCGUACUUCAGAGCGCAUGCGCAGAAUGGACAUACCUCCCAAGCACAAGACGGUGGCCGAAAAUCCGGUUAUGCCAACCGGAAGCCUCGGAACUGUUUAAAAUCCGGCGUUUUCAACCGGAAGCCUCCGAACUAUGUAGAUCCGGCAUAUCCAACAGGUAACCGGAAGCCUCCGUAUUGUGUAAAAUCCGGCGUUUCCAACCGGAAGCCUCCGAACUGCAUCAAACUGUCAGUUGAAGAGGUGUGCUGUCCCACUGACGUCUUACUUCGGGAGCAAGUCCUUAACUUUUGCUAGACGUGUCGUGUGGAUGUGGUGAUUGAUUAAUUAGUUGAUCGGUAAGUCGAUAGUCACGCCGUUGGUUGGAAAGCUUGUCGUGUGCACUAAUAGUGUUACACUGUCUAUCAUCUAGCAAUACUAUAACAACCAUAGGAGACCUCUAUUUUCAUCGCACCAUUUUGGUGACUGUUUUGUACAGAUGUGUCUGGGCCGCUUGUCCACCCAGUUGCCGCUCUGGGAAUGGCUGUUUACUGCACUGUUGUGUUUGUCCUGCUUUGAGCUAGACGCUUCUGUACAGCUGUACGACUGAUAGGGUUGUAGCUCUGGGCACAGAGAGGUGUAUAUGUACCAUGUACAAACAUGAUGUAGCUAAGAACAGAAAUACGAACAGUAGAUGUGCAUAAUGUGUAUUUCCGUGUGUCUAUCAUAUCGUGUUCGCCUACCCCACCCCUUCCUAAUUGGGAUGCCCAAACUGUAUGCCCCAAAGCAUGCAAAUCAUGUCUUUUCCUGAGACACCCAAACGCUCUGCAGCUCCAAAAUUAGCUGCCCAGGGGCCCAUUUCUUUUUCUAAGCCUGGACCACUUCUUCCUCGCCCCAGAAGCUGUCACUCCAAAAUCAAGACCACAGGACGGUAUGAUAGAAUCUUUUUCUUGAUUAAGAUUCAAAGUUGUUUCUAUAUUCUGCAUAAUUUGCAUUUUAUCGUGUACGUCUCUGUCUAUACUAUUUACACACUUUUAAAAAAUCUGUCGUUUGAUCCUUUCUUAAAUAAGAAAAAGAAACACACCACUGCAGGUCCAGUACAAGCCACUAAACAAUUAUUAAAAAAAGCAUGCCCAGGACAGAAGAUCUGAGACAAAAUGUACUGCUGUAAUAACAAGAGAGCCCGGCCAAAAUCAUAAUUGGGUUUUGUAAUUUCAUCUUUUCAAGACCAAAUAUCAUUAUAGUCCAUCCAUAUCUUGCAUAAUCCUGAUCACAAAAAUGCACCAAGGGCUAUUCCGUAAUCCUUACAUGCUUGACGCAGUGGUCGCCCGGGUUUGAUUUGUCUCAUGAUCAGUCUAUAGUGCAUUAUACAAAAUUAGUAACGUUAGUUUCCGAUAGAACGGACUCUAAAGCAUACGGUAUUUAAAAAAACAACCGUCCUCUUCGAUUAAAUGUUGUUUUAUACUGUAACCGUAGAUGGGUAUUUCCACAUAAUUGACAGUUCUACAGAGCAUGAGUCUGCCUUGUAUGGAAAUGGGAUGUCUAUAGCAUACACCAUCAUUGUCCUACAACAUUGAAUAAACGAAUCAUGACUACUGCCUGAUGUAACCCUGUAUUUAUGACACCCUUGCGAUGCCCAUUGGUCCAUUGUGAUAUCCGGCACCAAUUGGAAGUAAGAAACAAAUUAUAUUUAGACAUGGCCAAUUGGACAUAUGUAAAAUGAUUAUGCACUGGGUUCCAUGCACGAGUUUUGGAUAGACGGAAAGGUGCAACGGGGUGUUGGACAGAAUUGUACAGACAUAGCGAUUCGAGUGUACUCACUCUUCUGUCUUAUGAGUGUUGUUGGAAAACAUCGUUUAACAAAAAUAAAGCCUGCUAUGUGUUGUAACAGCCCCUCGGUUGACUUAAAUAACACACAAGUAUAUAUUUUCACACUCACAGUGCACUUAUGAUAUAGAACAUGGUAAAUGAAUUGAACGGAGAGAAUCUAGCUGUAUCUAUCAUGCAUGGUGGUAACACGAUGCACCUGUAACGCCUCAAGGAAGUACCCGGAUGUAGACCCGACCCGGAUGUUGAACCGAUCCAGAUGUAGAACCCACCCGGAUGUAGAACCGGCAAUGACAAGGUCAAGGAGUGUAACAAUUAAUGGUUGUAUGAUAAUUGUUUCAGUGCGUAUCAAAUUCGUAAAACAGCUGUACAUCCAAUAGGAAAAAGAAUGUUUAAAACGAUUGUAUACCCAAUAGA